AUGGACGUGUGCGGAACUUCCGAUCCCUACGUUAAGGUAUACAUCCUACCCGAUAAGAAGAAGAAAUUUGAGACCAAGGUCCAUAGAAAAACUCUUUCGCCAUCAUUCAAUGAAACCUUUCUUCACAAAAUAACGUACGUGGAGCUAGCUUCAAAGACGCUAGUGUUUGCAGUUUAUGACUUUGAUCGCUUCCUCAAGCACGAUCAAAUAGGUCAAGUAACCGUGCCCUUGAACUCAGUUGACCUCGGGAAGGUCAUCGAGGAAUGGAGGGAUAUUGAAAAACCGGACAACAGCUCUGAUAGGGAGAACAAAUUAGGUGACUUGUGCUUUUCAUUGCGUUACGUGCCGACUUCCGGCAAGUUGACUGUCGUCAUUCUGGAGGCUAAGAACCUCAAAAAGAUGGACGUAGGUGGUCUUUCAGAUCCGUACGUUAAGUUGUCUCUCCUGCAAAAUGGCAAGAGGAUAAAAAAGAAGAAGACAACGAUUAAGAAAUGCACCUUGAACCCUUACUAUAACGAAGCAUUCACGUUUGAGGUCCCCUUUGAAACCAUACAGCAAACGAUGUUGGUAGUGACAGUUGUGGACUAUGACAGGAUAAGUUGUUCGGAUCCCAUCGGUCAGGUUGUGCUUGGUUGCCAUUCCUCAGGUACGGAGUUGAGACACUGGAGUGACACCCUGGCCAACCCGAGAAGACCAAUCGCCCAGUGGCACACCUUGAGGGAAAUAUCUGAAAAAUAUGAUUGA